AAAAAAGUCUUAAUUUAUGGUUGAACUUGCUGAUGGCGGUGAAAUGGCGUACAAUGUUUCUUUGCUACGCUCUGUGAUGUAAAGGAACUAAAUUAAAACGUGAAUGUGAAGACGCAUACUUUAUGCAAUUACAAGUGGUGGUUUUAGCUUAACUAUUAGGCAGACUUAUUUAGUCGUACUUUAACUGCUGCGACGCUUGGGUAUCUUGUUGUUACAUUUUGUAUACAUUGUAGAUAAUUCUCGACUUUUUAAUUAUGGCCGAGUAUUUAGCUGCUAUAUUCGGUACAGAAAAAGACAAAGUAAACUGUUCUUUUUACUUCAAAAUCGGAGCAUGUCGACAUGGAGACCGGUGUUCACGUAUUCACAACAAGCCCACCUUCUCACAGACAGUGCUAUUGCAGAAUCUAUAUGUGAACCCUCAAAAUUCUGCCAAAUCCGCUGACGGAAGUCAUCUGGUGGUAGCCAAUGUGUCUGAUGAGGAAAUGCAAGAGCACUAUGACAACUUCUUUGAAGAUGUAUUUGUUGAAUGUGAAGACAAGUAUGGAGAGAUCGAAGAAAUGAAUGUCUGUGACAACUUAGGCGAUCACUUAGUGGGGAAUGUGUACAUCAAGUUCCGACGUGAAGAAGAUGCUGAAAAAGCUGUGAAUGACCUUAACAACCGAUGGUUUGGUGGAAGGCCCGUGUAUGCAGAAUUGUCCCCGGUGACAGACUUCCGUGAGGCUUGCUGCCGUCAGUACGAGAUGGGAGAAUGCACCCGCAGUGGCUUCUGCAACUUCAUGCAUCUCAAACCUAUUUCUAGGGAGCUUAGAAGGUAUUUGUACUCUCGUCGCAAGGGCGGGCGUAAAUCCCGUAGCCGCUCCCGUGAGCGUCGCCGGCGCUCCCGCUCGCGCGACCGCGGCCGCCGCGACCAGCGCAACUCGCGUUCAGGCCGGUACUGACCCCGCCCGCAGUCACUCGUUGCCAAUGAGGUAGCCCCGUAGACAUGACCAUAAACAAUAUACACUAAUAAAAUCAACUAAACUAGGGGGUUAAAAAGGCUACAUCAAAGCAAUUCAGCUAAAAAAGUAAUAUUACUAUUUGACAUUUGUUUGCAUUACGCACUUACUUUUACAUGUGCAAAUGUCAAAUCGCAAUAUUCCUUUUUUAGAUGAAUUGCUUCGAUGUGGCCUUUUUAACUAUCCUGCAUGCCACAGAAUAUGCCUUAGGAAAAGAAUGAGGUAAAAAGAACAAACUUAUUGAAUGUUAUUUCCAGGCUGUAUGACAUAACAUUUGGAUUGUUCUAGCCUGUCGAUUUUAUCUUUUUAUGAUUGUAUUCUGAUUUUUUCAUUCCAAUUGGUUUAUAUUUAAAUAAGGAUAUGUAUUAAGUUUUGAUAUUAUUAGUCCACAUCUAUUGACCUCUGCUAUUUACAUUAUACUGAACUAUGGAGAAUAUAUUAUAUUUCUGUUCCUACUGUUUGCUCAGUGAAACUGAAAGGAAUAUAAGAACAAGAAUUUAAUUUUAUAUUUGUGGUAUAUUAUCAUUGUCGUGUCUACGGUAAAUAUUAAGUCGUACAACAGUGGACUCUGAAGUAUUCUCUUUUAAAGUGGUGUGAAUGUAAAGUGUAAAUCAAUUUGACGUGUCUUUACUUUGUUCCAACCAAUGUCUUCGCUGCAAUGUCGCCCGUAGCAUUAUUAUGAUUUAGGUAGUUAAUCAUUACAUAAUUUCAAUGCAGUUCUUAUGCAUGUAUUCUAUAUUAUUCAUGUACAUUAUUUAAAACAUAUUAGAAGUGACAUGCGACGUUGCAGUACCUACACAUUUUAUGUAGAAUAUUUUGUAAGGAAUAAGAGAAUAAUUAUAAUUAUUAAAUGAAUAA